AUGGAGGAGAGCAGGAUUCUAGGGGAAGAUCUCCAUGUCCUUCCGGAGCGACUUUUAGAGCGUCUUUCACAGAUUCCAGGGUACUCUUGGGACCAGAACGUCACCCCCAUCCAGUCCUCCUACGACCACUGGCAGUUCACUGGAAUCAAAUACUCCACAGACUCCGAGAGUAUUUCGACGCAGACAGCAGCCUCCUCCUCGUCACGCUCCAAGGCCUCCGUAUCGUCGCAUAACUCGCCAGAGUUGGAACCAAGGUCCUUUUUCCCGUCACAGUGGCGAAAGGCCUCCAGUGAAGCUGGCAGUGAGAUCACCUCCCCACGCGAAGAGGUUGAAAAGCCAUGGCUCCCCGUCGUAGCCCGUGUGUCCGGCCAUGUUGUCCGACUCGAGCGCGAGUUUCACAUACUGCGGUCGAUAGUCGAGACUUCUGAUCCAGAAUGCAAACACACCGUUCGCCCCAUUGAUAUCAUACACCUUGCCCGUCAGCCCGAGGACAGAGGGCUGCUUCUCGUCACGAUUUAUGAAUACGUAUCGCCCAACUACCUCAGACGCUUGAUCCCGGCUGGCCCGAACUCUUUUCCAAUGGAUCGCACUGUCCAGACCUUGACCGAUCCCGGCAUCGAAGAUGUUUCCCUGCAGGCCUUCUUUGAUUUUGCCAUUGGAGCUUGCGAGUGUCUCGAGCUACUGCAUUAUGGCCUCAAGACGAUUCAUGGUGAAAUCCGUGGUGAUGCUUUCCACUUCUCCGAGGAAACUAGGGCUGUUAGGCUGAUGAAUACUGGCAACGGCCCCAGGUCAUUCGACAAUGCCCUAGGUGACGGUUGGUCCGUCUUGUCGAAGGAAAUCGGGGCCAGGAACAAACUGCAGUUUAUUGCGCCGGAACAGACUGGUAGAUUACCAACAGAGCCUGACAGCAGGACAGAUAUAUAUGCUCUUGGUAUACUACUAUGGAUUAUGCUUGCUCGGAAGCCAGCUUUCGAAGGAAAAGACCUUAUUGAAAUAGUUCAGAAUGUCCUGAGCAAGAGACUGUCUCCUAUAUCGUCCUUACGUAUUGAUAUGCCCGAUGCAUGCUCCGAUGUUAUUCAAAAAAUGACCAAGAAACAAAUCAAUGAAAGGUACCAUACCAUCUCGGCUGUCAAGUGGGAUCUCCAGCAGAUCUCCAAGCUGCUUGGUGAUGGGGACUCCCAGGCACUGAAAAACUUCCAGGUAGCCCAGCGGGAUGUUUCUUCGUUCUUCACUCUACCUUCUGGCAUGUUUGGAAGGAAAGUCGAGUUCGACCGGAUUAUGAGCGUGGUAAACAAAGCCAACAAACGACGACAGGCCGCCACCACCCCCAACAAACAAAGUCUCUACGCGAAAAGUUCGGGUUCGUCGAUGUCAGGCGAUAGGCUGGAUAAUUUUGAAAUCGAUGCAUCCAGUGACUCUGGCUCCUUUGGAGCUCCUAUUUCAGCGUUCAGACCCAACUCAACCACUCAUGCCUCAACCUCUCACGGCUUGAUGCCUUCUCACGAUUCUAUGCUUAGUGUUGAUCAUGGGACCUCAAGUGGCAGGUCUACACUUUUAUCGAGCCGUAUGAAGAGCCCUACGGAUUCGAGGAUGUCGUGGGAAUUUAUCGAUCGUGACUCGCCCAGCGUCGCAUUCGACUCUAACUCUAUAGCUCGUCGCAAAGCGGCUCAUACGAAAUAUCGGUACGGUGGCCGAUGUGAAGUAAUCACUGUAUCUGGACCAACUGGAAUGGGAAAAUCAGAUUUGGUUCAGCGUUUGCUACCCGAGAUACGCAAACUCGGUUACGUUGCCGUUGCAAAGGUUGACCGACAGUCUAAAUUGCCAUUCGAUCCUUUCCUCAAAGCUUUAGCCGGCUUAUUACGACAAAUAUUUUCCGAGCGUGAAAUUACAACAGAGUACCACAAUUCAAUUCGUACUAGCCUGCAGCCCAUCUGGCCUUCUCUGCAUCAGUUCCUGGACCUUCCCUACCAGCUACUCUUCCAAGAUAAUGUCGACAACGAACCGCCGGUACACCAGAGGUCAUUUCAGCCACUGAAAGGUCUGAAGGAGGGCAUAGAGGAAACAUUCAGCGUUAGUGCCCCCGAAUUUACAAGUCUCAGGCAUGGCCAAACCUCACAGGACUUCUGCCAGGGACCGAGUGCGUCGGGAAUGAAUUUCGUGGAAAUUGUGAUUGACGUUCUGAGGGUUAUGUCCUUAUACGAGGUCGUCUGUAUAUGUAUCGACAAUGCACAUUUCGUCGAUGAAGAAUCUGCCGGUUUGUUACUCGAGAUAAUGAGAAAUAAGGUCAGGUGCGUGGUUAUCCUCACUGGACGCACUGAUGACAUUAUUUCGCCUACUAUGAAGUCCCUUUUCGAAGGUGAAGGCUCGAAUAUCACAAAUGUGGUACUAGAGCCUCUAACCGAAGAUGAUAUCCUUGAAUUUGUCGCAGCGACAAUGCACCAAACUUCAAACAACUCCCUAGUCCCGUUAGCCGCUGUCGUUCAAGAGAAGAGUCGUGGAAACCCCUUUUACAUUCGCAUGAUUCUUGAAACAUGCUAUCGUAAGAAUUGCAUCUGGUACUCCUGGAGAGACGCUGCGUGGGAAUUUAACCUUGACCGAGUCUUCUCUGAAUUUGUUGUCCCGGGUUACGGUGAAGGUAUUGGAACCAGUUUCGUUGUCAAAAGAUUACAGGAAAUGCCUGCUGCGGCACGAUCGAUUGUCCUAUGGGCUGCCCUGCUGGGCACCACCUUUUCAUUCUCCCUUGUGCAAAAACUUCUUUCCGGAGAAUUUUUGUAUGAAGUUGGUGGAGAGGAAGAGGGUGAUGUGACUUGUCCUGCGCAGACAACAUGGAAACAAGACAGUAGUAAUGUUGUUGCAGGCCUUCAAUUCCUACUUCAGGCAUAUAUUAUAAUUCCUGGAGAAACUGAUGAUGAGUUCAGAUUCUCUUCUGACCAUUAUGCCCAGGCAGUAGCCUCUAUGCGGCAGUGCCAUAAUGUGGAGAAAAUGCAUUUCAUCAUAACACUAACUAUGAUGAAGUAUCUGCCUGACAACGAAGCUUCUAUGCACCUCAAAGCUCGCCACAUUGGCCUCUCCGCCAAACUAAUUAAGGAACGGGUCCCGAUACGUACUGCAUAUCGCGAUAUUUUGUACCGGGCGGGGCUAUCUAGCUACAAGUCGGGAGCCAAAGCCAUGGCUCUUAAACAUUUUCAACUGUGUAUCUCCCUCCUACAGGAUAACCCAUGGGACUCUGAUAUCCCUGAUACCUACUACGACGAGACUAGGGAGCUUUAUAUUCAAACAGCAGAAAUGCAGCUUGCCUUGGGCCAAACAGCAGAAACGUUGAAUACUCUCAACGCCGUUUUUGAAAAUGCACGCACAGCACCUUGCAAGGCCAGAGCUUGGACACUACGAAGUCGAGUUCACUCCGUUUUAGGGGAUAUAUGUGCCGCCCUAGAUGCGCUCUUCACUUGCCUAGAGGAAUUAGGCGUGAAUCUCAACCGCGUAACAACAUGGGAGGAGACUGACGAGACAUACAACCAACUUACCACACAUCUUCGAACUGCUGAUUUUAAUGCUCUGUUAUCACGGCCCAUUAGCGAAAACCGAGACUUAAUUGCGGCUGGUGCAGUAUUGAACGAAGCCAUAUCGAUCUGUCUCUGGCUUGAUCCCAUGAUGUACCACCAUCUCACGGUGGAAAUGAUGCGUCUAAAUAUCGAGCAUGGGUCAAUGGUGCAGGUGAUUUACUUGUACAGCCAGCUAUCAGCAAUCGCAUUAGGUCGAUUCAAGGACCUAGAACUCGGCUUGAAGCUCAGCGAUGCUGCACUAUCGCUUCUGCAAGUUACUAAUGACCCAGCAGCGAUCGCACGUGGCAUUACGAUCCAUAACUUCUUCAUUAACCAUAUGCGGGAGCCGGUAUCUGUAAUUUUACCCCUACUAGAAACUUCAACAGAAGCAGCGUUCUUCCUCGGUGACCGUUACUAUAUUCUUCUCAAUAUAUCAUCAAUGGUUGUCACUCGGUUAGUUCUUGGCCAUGACUUGGGCGAGAUAGAGGACCUUUGCAAUGAUGCAACCGAAGAAAUCACCGACUGGGCUUAUGAUAUUCGUGGAGGUCUUUCUAUAGUAGCAGUCCGACAAGUGGCACGGGCACUUCAAGGGAAAACGCUUGCUAGUUCACCAGAUCUUGCUUUAUCUGACGCAUAUCAUGACGAUCAAAGAUAUCAGGCCGAAGUUUUGGAACGCCUUCCUGGUAAACCCCAUGUUCUGAUUACAUACCGCAGUAUCAUUGUCAUUCCUCUAUACGUUUUUGGUCACUACUCAAGGAUAGUGGAAAUGGGCACCGAAAUGGUCGGUCAAUUGCGUGGUAUCUUUUCGUCGCGACUGGCUACUCAGGUUUACUUUUAUCUCUCGUUGGCUACUUUGUCCUUGCAUUUCGAAGAUCCUUUGAGACCUGAUUUAGAGGAACACAUUAUCGCGGUCGAACGGUACAAGGAAGAAAUUGAUUUUAUGCGGAAUGCCUGUGAUGCAAAUUAUGGAAUGUGGUCGUUACUAGUCAAGGGUUUACUGUGUGAACUGAAAAAGGACUUCCAAGCUGCACUGGUAGCCCUCGAGGAGGCAUUGGAUCAUACUCAAAUUCAUAACUGGCCAAUUGAAGAAGCCAUCGCUUACGAACUGCAGGUUGAUUUCCUAGUUCGACGCGGUGCUAAACGUGCGGCGCAGAUGAUGCUCCAGCCCGCUAUUUCCGUGUGGAAUAGAAUUGGAGCGUCCAGAAAAGCACGACAGUUAACGGAUAAAUACGAAUGGCUGACGAGGAUCGGCACAGUGUCAAGGACGAAUGAUGUUGGUUGCCAAACAAUCGACUCACUUCUCGGUGUUCAGAAGUCCAACGUUACUGAACCUGCUUCUGAAAACCAUGCUCUCAAUUCUCUCGAGAGUGGUCAUAAUCAGAAAUGGCUAGAGCAAAACCAAGGGACUGAAGCGCCAUCCGACAUAACUGGCGUUGGCCUGGAUAUAAUCGACCUAUCCACCAUCAUCGAAUUCAGCCAUGUCAUGUCAUCUGAACUCGAGGUCAACAAAUUAUUAACAAAGAUGGUUGGCAUUAUAUUGGAGUCUUGCAGCGGCUCGGAGCUUGCCCUUGUGAUCACCGAAUUCGAGUCUCAGGGAUGGUGUGUUGCUGCCUCCGGAGACAACGACAGCGACCCUAUUGCCUACGAAAACGGAUUACCUUUCUCUGAAGUGGAAGAUAAAAUGGCCCAGCAGAUCAGCAACUAUACUCUUCGUACUAGGGAGGCAGUUCUGGUGCAUAACGUUUUGGAAGAUGAUCGAUUUACCAAUCUUAGUGAAUCCUACACGUCCCGUCAUCCGCAUGGUCGAUCAAUAAUUGUUCUACCAAUUGUUCAGGCAAAGAAGUUCCUUGGAGUGAUACAUAUUGAAGGGAAGCCGAAUUCCUUUACUCAACGCAAUCUUGUACUGUUGCGCCUCGUUUGUAAUCAAAUGGGCAUCUCACUUGCAAAUGCGUUCCUGUUCCAGGAGGUGCGGAAAGUGAGUGCUGCUAAUGCUGCAAUGGUUGAGGCCCAAAAGCGUGCCUUGGUCCAAGCUCGAGAAGCGGAGCAUAAAGCUAAAGUCGCUGAAGUUCAAGCCAACCAUAAUGUCAAGCUCAAGGAAGAUGCUGCGAAGGCUAAAUCGAUUUUCCUCGCAAACAUCUCACACGACUUGCGCACACCCAUGACCGGAGUUAUUGGAUUAUCGGAAUUGCUUAAAGCCACCAAACUAGACGCCAAGCAGGACGUUUACGUCGAAUCAAUCCGUGUUUGCGCCGACACACUACUCACGCUGAUCAAUGAUAUUUUGGACUUUUCGAAACUUGAGGCAGGAAAGAUGAAGGUUUCUAUUGUCCCGAUAAACCUUCGUCAAACAAUUGCCGAAGUUGUUCGUGCUCUUCGAUAUACCCAUCGAGACAAAGGGCUUACUACGGUUGAAGACCUUGUGAGCAUCGAUCCUAAUCUUCUUGUUAUGGGCGAUCCUGUCCGCUUGCACCAAAUAUUUAUGAACUUGCUCAGCAACAGCUACAAGUUCACGCCGGCGGGAUCGGUUACGGUUCGAGCAAUAAUCGAAGAAGACACGCCGGAGAAAAUCCGGAUGACGUGUAAGGUUGCUGACACUGGAAUUGGUAUUUCAGAAGAACAACUAGUUCGCUUAUUCAGGCCAUUUUCGCAGGCCGACAGCUCUACUGCGAGGUCAUAUGGUGGUAGUGGAUUGGGUUUGAGUAUUUGCAAAGCUAUCAUUGAAGAUGUUCUUGGUGGGCGCAUAUGGCUACAGUCCAAAGAAGGUGAAGGAACCACAGUGACAUUCACGCUUGUCUUCAAAAAAGCGGGCAAGGACGCGAUCGCAAAGGCCCCAUGGACACAGGAGUCGGGACAUAAACAGCCGCACUCCCACAAAUUACGAGAUAUCUCUCAUAUACCCCGCGACCUUAUCAGGAUUUGCAUAGCAGAAGAUAAUCCCAUUAACCAAAAGAUUGCCGUGAGCUUCGUGCGCCAUCUAGGGCUAUCCAGUGAGGUGUAUAGUGAUGGUGAGCAAGCUGUUGAAGCCGUUCGAAGGAAGGCUAGAGACGGCAAGCCCUUCCAUAUUGUCUUGAUGGAUGUCCAGAUGCCGGUGCUUGACGGCUGUGACGCAACACGCAAGAUCCGCGAAGAUCCAGAUCCAAAUAUCAAUGAGGUGCUAGUCAUAGCUAUGACAGCAAGUGCCAUAGAGGGAGACCGCGAAAAGUGCAUCAAGGCGGGCAUGAACAAUUACCUAGCCAAGCCUGUGCGAUCGGAUGUGCUAAAAAGUAUGCUGGAUCGGUACCUGGCGCCCCAAAGUGGCGCACUGCCAAAGAGGUCUAAUUCAUCAGCUGCUGCUUCCCGUUUGAUGGAAUUACAGGCUUCUGCACAGCCUAAACCCCGCCCGCCUUCUCCAUCGUCAAGUGACGGUAUAGCUCAAAAGAACCAGACUCAGGCAUUGAUAAAAGCUGCAAUUGCUACAGCAACCGUAAGGUGCGGUGGAACUACAAAUGGCGAUUCUAAGGACGAGGAAAGCAGCCAGCCUGUCGAGGAGUCAAGAGUGGAGGAGCUUAAGGACGACGGCGAAGAUGGCAACGAGGGCGACGGCGACGACCAGCCACCAUCCUCAAAUCAAUGA